AUGAUGCAAGUCAUCAAUGCGAUUACCGACAAACCUGAUUGGAGAACAAAGGUCUUUGAUGAGACCAUUAUUGCCAAGUGGAGAGCUGAAGCAGUCACCGAAGAGGGACAAGGUUUUACCGAGAAGAUGUUUGAUUAUUGUGUUGCAGAACUUCAGGACAAGGCUGGUCAGCACAAAGAGAACGACUUGACUGCCGUACUGGACUCGGAGUGGGCUGUAGUCAAGUCUGACAGCAUUAUCUCUACCGAGCUGAAAGAAGAACUCAAGAACGCUGUUGCUCCUCUCGAAGAUGUCCCGGCUAGCGCCAAAGACUGGCAUCCAGGAUCCAACGAACAGGUCCUUGAUCUGGUUCAUCCCUCUCUGUUUCCGUUGAUUUAUGGUCGAUCAAGGAUUCUCCCUACUGGCACUAUCAGCCUUGAUUAUUGUGUUCAGGCGUCUGGCAAGGGCGAGGUUAUUCCAAAACCCAGCGAGGACGAUUGUAAACUGGGCCAGAAGACACAUUGGUUGAGCUAUUACGGCGCCGGAACAACCGAUUACUGGUCCAACCGCUUUCAAUGGCUGCCUAGCGAUGUGGUCUUCUCUGAGGACGAUGGUGUCAAGAUCACGAGUUACAUCAAUAAUCUUCACCCAGUACAUCACAAAUCUAUCUAUCCAGUCAUCGAAAAAUUCAUCGCCAAGUCAGUUCCUGCGUGGGACCUCGUACUUUCGUCGUAUGUCGAUCGAAGUGUUCACGAACUUCGUAUCCCUAUGACGGGCACAGAAUACGAGUUCCCCCUGGGUGAAGAUGCCCCUGAUCAUGUGGGAAGCGAGUUUACCGAAGAGGAUGACGAAUUCUACGAAGUCAAAGAACAGUGGGUCAGAGACAACCGCGUCCUCGUCAAGCCGGACGCUCUUACCUAUAAUCCAGUCACUCGUCCUGGAAAGAGCGCGGUGGAGCCUCUCAGUCUUCGCCAACAUUUCAAGAAGUCCGGCAUUCAAGUCAUCGUCAAGCUAGCCAACAUCCAUCUAGCACCUUCAAAUCCCGAAUACUCUGGCGGCAGCUGGCACAUUGAAGGCAAACUUAACGAGCAUAUCUGCGCGACAGCUCUCUACUACUACGACAACGAAAACAUCACAGAGUCACAUCUGGCAUUCAGGUCCAAAGUCUCGGUCGACGAGAUAACACAACGCGACUAUGCCCAAGAUGAUAAUGACGGUGUAUGCUACCUCUUUGAUGUUGAGCGAAAUGGCCCAGGAAUUCAAAGGAUUGGACAAGUGGCUACAAAUGAAGGGCGCCUGUUGGCCUUCCCAAACGUUCUGCAACAUCAGGUCCAGCCCUUCAAACUUGUUGACCCCACGAAGGCCGGCCACCGCAAGAUCCUCGCUCUUUUCUUGGUCGACCCAUUCCAUCGUGUCAUCAGCACGGCGAAUGUGCCACCCCAGCAACGAGAAUGGUGGGCUGAAGCCGUUCAAGGACUUGAGUGCAAAUUGGACGAGCUGCCUCCGGAGCUACGCAAUCAGGUCAUGACCGAGGUCGGAGACUUCCCCAUCAGUCUAGACGAAGCGAAGAAGUUAAGAGAGGAAUUGAUGGACGAAAGAAGGGCGUUUGUGCGUGAUGUCAAUGACAUGUAUCACGAGGAGGAUUUUAGCUUCUGUGAGCAUUAA